UAACUUGCGGAAAACCUAAAAGUUAAUCAAACUAGAGCCAUAAUGGAGUUUGGCAAGCUUCUCAUAAUCUUCACCAUUUUGGCAACCUUUCUCUUUAAUUCAAGCAUUCCGGUGAUUGCACAAGAAGUUGAGGAUGAGAAGGAGUUUAGUUAUGAGAAAGAUAGUGAAGUUGGACCUGAACAUUGGGGAAGAAUUCACAAGGAAUGGGAGACAUGCGGGAAGGGUCAACUUCAAUCUCCUAUUGAUCUUUCUGAUAAGAGAGUUCAAGUGCUUGACAACUUGGGUGACAUUAGGCAUAAUUACAAGCCUAGCAAUGCAAUCAUGAAGAAUAGAGGCCAUGAUAUUAUGAAUGGGAAGAUGGGUGCAGGAGAGAUGUGGCUAAAUGGAACAGAGUAUAUUCUUAAGCAACUUCAUUGGCACUCACCAUCUGAGCACACCAUCAAUGGUCAUGAAUAUGAUAUGGAGUUGCACAUGGUUCAUGAGAGCAAAGACAAGAAGAUUGCUGUGGUUGGCACUCUAUACAGAAUUGGUCAACCUGAUUCAUUCUUAACCAAGAUGGAGGAUUAUUUAGAAGAAUUAGCAGGAGAAAAAGGGGAAGAAGUAAAGAUUGGGAAAGUGAAUCCAAGGGAAGUAAAUAAGGGAAGCAGGAAGUAUUAUAGGUAUAUGGGAUCUCUCACAACUCCUCCUUGCACUGAAGGUGUUGUAUGGACUAUUGUUGACAAGACUAGGACAGUGUCCAAGCAUCAAUUGAACCUACUCAGAGAAGCAGUGCAUGAUGAAACAGAGACUAACGCAAGGCCAACGCAACCUGACAAUGAUAGGGCCAUUUAUUUUUAUAACCCUAGGAAACUUCAAAAUUAGUUUAAUUUGUUUCUCUCCUUUUAUUAUAAAGUUUAUGCCACACUGUUUGUAUUGUUAUUUCAUGUGUUAUUGAUACUUGAAUCUUGAUCUG